AUGGAGGAAUUGGUUGUGGUAACUGGAAGCGCCAAGGCGAAACAGCGAGACACUAACCAUCACAAUUGUAAACAAAUUGAACCAGGGCUGGGGGAUGACUUGGAGGAUGGUACUGACCAUCAGAAUGAAGAACAAAGACCGAGCAGGGAAGCGGAAAUGGCCAAGAACAAAGAGGCCUGGAAAUUGGCUGUAGAGUCAGGUGCUCAGUAUAGCGAUGAGGAGGACAUCAUGGCUAUCUUGCAGGAGCAGAAUGAAAUAAUUGCUUUAAAGCGACGACAGGCAAAGCAAAAAGCCAAAAUACGAAGAAGCCGCCCAAAAAAUCAAACAAAGAAGGAACUUGUGAAUAAUUUUGAUGUAGCUCGUAUAUGGGGUAGAGACAAAGCAUGUUGGGAGUUUGUAAGUUCGACUGGGGAUUCUGGAGGGUUAUUGUUAAUCUGGGAUGAGGGGGUAUUUAAAAUGAAUAAUUGCUACAAAGGAGAUAGAUGGUUGUGUGUAGAAGGGUUUGUGGUAAAGGAUAAUUUUGAUUGUGCUAUCUGUUUGGUGUACGGACCUCAUGAAAGAGAUGAGAAGGCCUCUGUUUGGGAAGAAUUGAGCUAUAUUGCAGGAUUGGUCCAGGUGUCGUUUUGUUGUUUGGGGGAUUUUAAUGAAAUAUUGCAUUUGAAAAAACGAAAAGGUGCGACUAGAUUGUCUGCUUCGGCAGAAGAAUUUAGAGUAUGGAUCAAUGAUAUGGAAUUGAUUGACUUAGCACUAAAUGAUCGAAAGUAUACAUGGUUUAGAGGACAGUCGUGCAGUCGUAUUGACAGGUGCUUAGUUUCUGUGGAGUGGAUUGAUGUUUACCCAGAUAUGCGUCUAAGGGGAGGUCCAAGGAGUUUAUUGGAUCACUGCCCCUUGAUUAUAGAAGAUAGCAGAAACUUUGAUGGCCUAAGACCAUUUCGCAGCUUAGAUUCCUGGUUCACACAUGACGGGUUUAUGAGAAUGGUAAAAGAAGAGUGGAGGGGAUUAGGAGAGGUGCAUUUCCUAGAGAAGAUGAAAGCGUUGACAACACCUUUGCGCAUAUGGCAUAAGCAGCAUUUUGGGGAUAUAACUGAGAAGAUUAAGAGGUUUGAGGAAGAACUAAAGAAGGUAGAUGACAUGGUUAGCAGUGGACGAUACGAUGGUACCAUGGAGGCAAGGAGGAGAGCGUUAGUGAGGUGCUGUGAGAAGUGGUAUGUGAGGCAGGAUGUUCACUGGAAGCAAAUGUCUAGAUCUCGGCAUGCAAGUGAGAUGGAUAGAAACACAAGGUACUUCCAUAAUAUAGCUUCGGUCAGGAGAAGGAAUAACAGGAUAGAGGCUUUGGUAAUUCACGGGAGAACAGUGCAGAAUCAAGCAAGAAUUAAGACUGCGAUUCGAGAUUUUUAUAAAUGUCUGUACCAUCAGGAGGUUUCUCCAAAUGUAAGCUUCAGGGAUGGAUUGGUUAAUCGAUUGGGGAGGGAGGAAGCUGAAGCUCUAGAGGUGCUACCGUCAGUGGAUGAAGUGAAAGAGGCGGUCUGGGACUGUGAAUCGUCUAAGGCUCCAGGGAGUGAUGGGUACAACAUGAACUUUAUAAAAAGGUGUUGGAAUGAAAUUGGAACGGAGUUCACUGCAGCUGUGAUGAGUUUCUUCGAGACUGCAUCAUUACCAAGGGAUUCUAAUGUCACAUGGGUAGCAUUGGCUCCGAAGUUCAUUGGGGCUAAAGAGAUAAAGGAUCUCAGACCUAUCAAAUGA